CCGCGCGCCCCGCGCCCCGCGCCCGCACCCGGUGGGUCCCCAUGCCUCUGGCGCGCGGCCCUCCAAGGGGGCGAAGGUGAAGACCGGCUCCUAGGAUGAGUGAAGGCGCGGCCGCUGCUGUCGCCUCGCCCCCGGGAGCCGCUGCCUCGGCCGACGAGGGCACCACGGCGGCGGUGGUGGUGGCGGCGGCAGGGGCCGGGGCAGGAGCGGCGGGUGGGGGCCCGGACGGCGGCGGCGGCAGCGGCGAAGAAGGGGCGGCCGAGCCCCCCCGGGAGUUACGCUGCAGCGACUGCAUCGUGUGGAACCGGCAGCAGACGUGGCUGUGCGUGGUGCCUCUGUUCAUCGGCUUCAUCGGCCUGGGGCUCAGCCUCAUGCUGCUCAAAUGGAUCGUGGUGGGCUCCGUCCAGGAGUACGUGCCCACCGACUUGGUGGACUCCAAAGGCAUGGGCCAGGACCCCUUCUUCCUCUCCAAGCCCAGCUCCUUCCCCAAAGCCAUGGAGACCACCACCACCACCACCACCACGACCACUACUCCUACUGCCACCGCGUCCCCUGGCACCCCUGGGGCCGGCGGCGGCGGUGCCUCCUCUUCCUCUUCCAGAACGCCCAACCGGAUUAGUACCCGCUUGAGCACCAUCACGCGCGCCCCUACUCGCUUCCCCGGGCACCGGGUGCCCAUCAGGGCCAGCCCGCGUUCCACCACGGUUCGGAAUACUGCGGUGCCCCCGACGGUUCUGUCCUCCACCACUACCACCACCACCAAGGCUCCUUUCUUCAGUAGCAGCAGCAGCACGCCGGGUUCCCGACCUCCAGGGCCUGGGACCCCCAAUACUGAGGCCAUGCCCUCUUGGCCCACUGCGGCAUAUGCUACCUCCUCCUACCUUCAUGACUCUACUCCCUCCUGGACCCUAUCACCCUUUCAGGAUGCUGUCUCCUCCUCUUCUUCCUCCUCUUCCUCCUCCCCCACCACGACCACAGCAGAAGCUAUCACCAGCCCCAAAUUUCGCACCACAACUUAUUCCACUGAGCGUUCUGAGCACUUCAAACCCUGCCGAGACAAGGACCUUGCAUACUGUCUCAAUGAUGGCGAGUGCUUUGUGAUUGAAACCCUGACGGGAUCCCAUAAACACUGCCGGUGCAAAGAAGGCUACCAAGGAGUCCGUUGUGAUCAAUUUCUGCCGAAAACUGAUUCCAUCCUAUCAGAUCCAACAGACCACCUGGGGAUUGAAUUUAUGGAGAGCGAAGAAAUUUAUCAAAGGCAGGUGCUGUCAAUUUCAUGUAUCAUCUUCGGACUUAUCAUCGUGGGCAUGUUCUGUGCAGCUUUUUACUUCAAGAGCAAAAAACAAGCUAAGAAAAUCCAAGAGCAGUUGAAAGAACCUCACAGUGGUAAAAGUUACAGUCUUAAAGCAUCUAACUCAAUGGCAAAGUCACAGAACAUGAAGCAUCAUGUCCAGCUGCAAAAUUAUUCAAAAGCGGAAACUCAUCCUGUGACUUCUUUGGAGAAGAUGAUGGAGUCAAGUUUUGCUGGCCCCCAGUCAUUCCCAGAUGACCCUUCUCCUGACAGAGGGAGCCAAUCUGUCAAACACCACAGCAGGAGUCUCUCUUGUUGCAGUCCGGGACAACGGAGUAUUAUGCUCCAUAGAAAUACUUUCAGAAGGACUCCCCCUUCACCAAGAAGUAGGUUGAGUGGAAUUGUGGGACCAGCAUAUCAACAACUUGAGGAAUCAAAGAUUCCAGACCAGGAUGCAAUACCGUGUCAAGGGUACUCAUCCAGUGGAUUAAAAUCUCAACAAAAUGCAUCUAUAAAUAUGCAACUGCCUUCAAGAGAGACAAACUCUUAUUUUAAUAGCUUGGAUCAAAAAGACCUAGUGGGCUAUUCAUCCACAAGGGCCAGUUCUGUGCCCAUUAUUCCUUCAGUGGGUCUAGAAGAAACCUGCAUGCAAAUGCCAGGGAUUUCAGAAGUCAAAAGCAUCAAAUGGUGCAAAAACUCCUAUUCUGCUGAUAUUGUCAACGUGAGUAUUCCAGUCAGCGAUUGUCUAAUAGCAGAACAACAGGAAGUGAAAAUAUUGCUAGAAACUGUCCAGGAGCAAAUCCGAAUUCUGACUGAUGCCAGGCGGUCAGAAGACUACGAACUGGCCAGCGCAGAAACCGAGGACAGUGCAAGCGAAAACACAGCCUUUCUCCCCAUGAGUCCCAUGGCCAAAUCAGAACGAGAGGCACAAUUUGUCUUAAGAAACGAACUACAAAGAGACUCCACAAUGAUUAAGUGACUUGAGAUGUAGGAAUCGGUGCAUCUAAUGAUUUGCUGAACAGGAAAGAGAGGAAAUUAAAUACAAAUUAUUUAUAUGCAUUAAUUUAAGAGCAUCUACUUAGAAGAAACCAAAUAGUUUAUCGCCCUCAUUAUCAUAGUGUUUUUUAACAAAAUAUUUUUUUACAGGGAAAGAAAUGUUUCCUGAGGGAGAAAGCUAACAACAAAAGCUUUCAGGUAAAAUUCUGAAUAAAAUGUCAGAGUUCCAACAUCAACUUUUUGGCUCUAUGAAGAUGUGGGUAAUUCUGACCUUCAAACCCACAGCACACAUCCUUAUUUAAAAAGAAAAGAAAAGGAAAAAAAACAGUAAUUAUCCAAUUUCUAACAGAUGAGCUGUAUACUGAUGGUGAAAGAGUCACUGAGCAAACAGUCCCCACCCUUUUGGCUUGUCAAACCCAACUCCUAAAAUUCUGUUAACUCAACAGCCUCAUUAAAGGCUGUGCCAUGUCAACAAAUGUAGUGUUUUCAGUUGUUUUUGUUUUUGUUUUUUUAAAGAUGGCAUACAGAUUCUGGGAAGAGAAAAACAGGAGAUCGAGAAAGUACUAAGGCAUAAUCUUAGCUAGUUUAGUGUGUCCUCUUCCUCUAAAAUUGAAGGCACAGAAUCUCAGAGGGAGGUAUGAUUUUUUUUCUUCCAAAAAACGGGACAAAGAAUGACAAUGUUGUGUCACUAGAAUAUUGCUAAUAGAAAAAAUUUUUAAAUCGGAGGCUCUGAAGGAGCAUUCUUCCGUUGGUGUGUGCCUGUGGUGCAUGUGUGCGAGUUUGUACGUAUGUGUGUAUGUGUGUUGCGUUUGUGUGUAGGCUAGCUCACUAGAGCACUGCUAUGCUGUAUGCAUUUGUUCCCUGUAAGUAUGUGAGUGCAUGUGUGUGUGUGUGUGUAUUAAGCUUGCUAAAAUUUGUUCUGAAACAUCAGGGACUCUAAUAUUCAGAAAAAAAAUUCCCUCGUAGACCCGUUCACUUUAACUUUUUUCUUUUAAUUGUCAAGUUCAGUUAUUGAAUUCUAAUAUGAAGGUAAUUUGCAUGGUGGGGUUCUGUGAAACCCUUGACAAAGUGUAGACCAUUUUCUGAUGUGAACACUUUUGAGAGGAACAAUUAUUGACCCAUUAAUGACAUUGGUAUCACAUGGCAAGUUGAGGAUAUGUGUUUAUUUUAAAUCAUGCAGACUUAAAUUCUUUUCAAGAGCCAGUUUUCGAAUCGAUGAUUACCAUUUGCUUUCUCAUCAUUCACGUUAUUAUUUUAUAACAAGUCUAUUAUGUGUGGACCAGAACAUUGGCUUCUGAGGUUAAUAUAAAAAAUGUAAAUUGUUGAAAUCACAAAGACCACACUAUGCAGUUCACAGGAAGCUCCAAAACAACCGUAAAUUGUGUUGUAUGCUCAUUUGGAAUAAAGCAAUAUUUUUACCACUGCGAAGGUGAACUGAAACUACUCCUGAAUAUUUGUCUGUUUUAUUUACCCUUAUUUUCAUGGGACAUUCAAGAAAUUAGUGUACACAUAGCCAGUCUUUUCUCAAUUAUUGGUGGUGUUGAGUUGUUAUGUUUACACUGUUUUAAAUAAAAAGGCACAGUAUUUCAACGUAGUAAAAGAA